CAAAUUCCUAAGGAUAAGUAGCCAGAUAGAAUGUUAAAUUUUGAAGAAAAUGAUUGACUAUGUGAUGAGAGUUGGGAUUAAAUAAAUGUAAGUCCUUGUUGAUUUCAGGUUGAAUGGCUUAAUAGAAAGGUCUUUACCAAGUUUUCUUGAACUAUUAUAGUUCUUUUAUAUAAAAAUCAUUUAAAUUAAAUUGUUAUCCAAAUUAAUAGCCUUUAAAAUUUAUGUGAGAGAAUCUAAUAUUAGAAAAAAAUCCCCAAGCAAACCUAAAAAUGGAAUCUAAAUAAAAUAUAACACUGUUUGUACUGAACUCUUAGAAGAAAGAAUCCGGCUUACCUUAGAGCAGAAGGCAACAUAGUUCCAUCAAAAUGUCUUAGCUUUCCCUGCACAGAACUUGCCUUUCGCUUAGCUUUAUGGUCCUGUUCUUGCUUUGGCAGCUGUCCGGAGGGAACAGCGUCCACCGUUCAGAUCCAGUCACGCCACCUUCUGCAGUCUAUUUUGAACCUGAGUCUAUUUCUUCCACACCCAAUUAUUUUCAACCCCGAGAAUUUUCCAGUUGUGCUUCCUGUGAAGAAAACCCAAGCUGCCUCGACCAGAUCUUGGAUUCCUACCUUCAGACAGAGACACACCCAGACCCUUUGCUCAAUUCCAUGCAGAGUGCUCCACACUAUUUCCCGGACAGCUUCCAGGCUGCCCCUUUCUGCUUCAACCAGAGCCUGACCCCAGGAUCACCUUCAGAUUCCUCCACUCUCUCUGGCUCCCUGGACUUCAGUUACUCGCCAGCUCACCUACCUUCGUAUGCUCCGGAGACUUACAGCUCCCCCCCUUCUCUCGACACCAGAAACUGUGGCUAUCCCUCGGAAGACUACUCCUACCCUCACUUGGCCUCGCACGCCCAGUACGACUGCUUCUUCCCAGCCCCGACCUCGGGCUGCUACUGUGUGUCCUGCGAGGCAGAGCACUUGGCCACCAUCAGAGCAUCCGAGUACUUUUCCUGCCCGGGCACAGACUGUGUGAACUUUGAUCCCUCGGCCGCAGCAGCCAGUGAUUUCUACGUGCGGGAAACAAACUGUGACAUCUGCUAUAGCUCAUAGAAUUUCAUUCAUGUGGAACAUGGCACGCACAUGUCUGUUUUUCUGCCAUGCCAGAUGACAACUUGAAAUAGGCAACCUGUUAACAGCACAACACAGGUGCAGUUUACAUGUCCCUGUUUUCCAGUUUCUGACGCUAACUUAGGCAUUAAGAUGAAGUCCUCAGACCCGGUCACUGUGUCACUCCUACUUUGAAUGCUUACAGUUCAAGUUUUAGGGAACAUUCAGUGGUCUUACUUUUCUGUGUAAUGAACAAAUUCUAAUUUUUUUUUACUAAUAAAUAAUUUUGUAU